UGCUGCUUCGGAUCCCUCACAACAUUAAGUAAAAUCCCGAAUGUUUCCAAAAUACACAAUUCAAAACAACACGUACAUAGUAUUACCAUUAUAUAAAUCAAAGUAAGCUACUAAAAGUCAUAAACUCUUGCUCUCUUUUCCUUCUUCUCUCUCUCACAUCAGAACUAUUUAACCCCUUCGCCUUUUAAGUUUGAGCUACAUUUUCCCUCUGAAAGAUGGGUUUCUCGAACGCUGGAAUUGGUCUCUCCGGUCAAAACAAUCUCUGCGAAACGGAACUAGGGUUUUCAGACCAAAGCGUUCAAGAAAUCCGGCCAAAUCAAGAUCUUGAAACCAAAGUCGGAGAGAUACCUAAUACUCCACGCGAAGGAGUAAAGGCUAAGAAAGAUGAAGAAGAAGAUUUUUGUAAGACUCCGACACGCCUCGACCAGAUUCUCCCGAAGGUUACAAAUAUUUGUCCUCCGGCGCCGAGGAAGCCUAAGAGAGUUCCAUCGAGAAGUUUGAAGGUUCGAGAUUCUUAUAGAAGCAGGAGAAUGAUCAUUUUGAAUGUUUCUAGAGAGAUUAAUUGUAUGUUUAACUCAGCAUCUCUAGGUAACAAGGUUAAGAAAGCCAGACGUAUUUGAUGUUUCAUUUGUAUAUGUAUAUCGUAUCUACAUGUUAUAAAUUAAUAAACUACGAGUUAUGUAA